CAAGUUCUAGUGAGACUGAGGAUGAAGGUGGUUGGUGGUGGACAAAACAAACUAUUUUAGGAAAAAGAAAGAAAAAUAAUGAUGAUAUUAGUGAUUUUGACUUGGACAGCAGCAAAAAUGAAAUACAAUCUAAACCUGUUGACAGCAGGACAGGGUGGUGUAUGGUCGUUUAAGUUUAAUGGUUUCAGGUUUUUAUUUGUACAUAAAUAUGAUUAGUAGCAAUACUAUUUAUGAAGUUGAUACUGUGUUACAUGCUGAUUCAGUGGAAUGGUGUCCUAUCAACAACUAUCAAGAUUAUCUGCUGUGUGGAACUUAUCAGUUAAAGAGCUGUGCUAUAAAGAGUGAUGAUACAGAUUCAAGGAUUGGGUGUUUGCAGCUGUAUCAAAUUGACAACAAAUCUAACAUAGAGGAUUUUAAAUUGAAACAAGUGUUUCAGGUGGAUGUAGUUGGUGUUUUAGAUAUGAAAUGGUGCAAUCAGCCCUUAUUGGAAAAUAUGCCAACACUUGCUACUGCUGAUGCUCAUGGUUCAGUCAAAUUGUUCUCACUAUAUAUAGAUCAACAUAAAAAGGCAAAAAUGAAGAACUGGUGUGAAGUUUUAAACCCAAACUCUGUUGCUUUAUCUUUGGAUUGGUCUUCAAAACAAUGCACUAAAGACAUACAGAUUGCUGCAAGUUACUCAAAUGGCAACCUAGGACUUCUGAAAGUGUGCGAAUCUGAUGCAGUACUUUUGCAACAAUGGAAUGCACAUGGUUUUGAAGCUUGGAUUACCGCUUUUAACUCUGAAAACGAUUCUGUUCUUUAUUCUGGUGGUGACGAUUGUUGUUUUCGUGGUUGGGAUCUACGUUGUCCUGAACAUUCCUUGUUUAAUAACCGGUCACAUGAUAUGGGUGUCUGUUCCAUCCAAAGUUGCCCAAGCAAUUCUAACUUACUAGCGACGGGAGGGUAUGAUGAACAUGUGCGAAUAUGGGAUGUCCGAGCUAUGCGACCAAAGCCUUUGACAAAUUUAAAUGUUAAUGGGGGUGUGUGGCGUGUUAAAUGGCACCCAAAGUUGAAAGAUGUUUUAGCUGUAGCAUGCAUGCAUAAUGGAUGUUUUAUUUUACAUCAGGACCAGGUGUCCUUGAAUCUGUGUUCUCGGGCACAUUACACCAAUCACCAAUCACUAGCAUAUGGAAUUGAUUGGUGCUAUUUAGAGAAUUCUGUGAGCCACUUUUUAGCUUCUUGUUCAUUCUAUGACCAUAAAUUGUGUCUGUGGAAUUUAAACAAACAGUUAUUGUAGUAUUUUUUAUAAAUUGUUUUAACUUGAGAAUUUUUGUCGAAAAAUACAUAUAAAGAAAUGAA